AUGUCGGAUUCAGAUACUGAACACUGCUUUACCCCAACCCACACGACUGUCCCUCAUGAAGAUCAAGCUAGCCAAUCCACCAGCCUGUCCCUGUCUCCGCCACUCGCGAACGAAACAUUUUUGAUCCGAGACCCCCAAACUAACCUCGUUAUCACCCUCAAGGACGGAGAAUUAUGCCUCCACCCACUUGAGAUCACCAACACAAUUUGCCAGUGGCGGAUAAUCGAAACUGCAAGCGGCUGGCUUGGAUUCCGAAACAUUCACUCAGACACAUACAUUAGACAUAACAAUAGCUGGAGUAACUGGAAGUUUGUCGCAGAUGUAAAGCAUCAUGACUUGUGGGAAUAUUUCACGACAAGACCUGGCUUAAACGGACGCCAUGAGCUGCGUGUUAAGCAUUGGUUUGGGUUUCGAAGCAUGAGGGUUGGUGGGAAGGAGGGAAGGGAGCUUGUGGUCGCUGAGCACGGGGAGAAGGGUGUGACGUGGGAGUUUAUCAAAAUUGGCUGA